AUGAGCGUAUAGGAAUUCAUAGCAAAUAAAAAGAUGUUGGAUGUAGAAUGGAGAUUUUCAAUUGCUACUGCAAAUAGUUCUAAAGAAAAUUAUAGUGAUUGCUUCCUAUAGCUUAAGAUCAAAACAAUUGAUAAAAACAUGAUAGAAGAAACCACUCAUUUUGAAUUAACAUUAGCAUAAUUUAAUGAAUUGUUUACUGAAAUCGAAAAGGUAAAGAAUCUGAUGAGUUUAAUUAAAUGA